ACAAAGGGCAUUCAUGGAGAAGUGUUGCAAAAUGUCUGCUUAUGGUUUCCUCUUCCUUCUCUCCUUCCUUACAAGUCUUAGACCUUCUAUACAGCAACCUAGACCUGAAUACGUCGGCUAUAAAUGUUCUUCGGAGAGAUCUUCUUACCUUGAUAACAGCACAUACUCUGCCAAUCUCAAAACCCUUUUGUCCUCUCUUUCUUCCAAAGAGAAUAAUUAUAUCUUCGCCAGAGGAUUCCAAAGCCUUCCAGUGGGAGAGAAGUCGCCAAACUAUGUUUUCGGACUUUACCUCUGUCGUGGAGACGUGUCGCUGGAAGCCUGCCGUGACUGCGUCAAUUUCGCCGUCAAGGACAUUCUGAAUCAGUGUAAAAAUGGGAAGGAGGCUUCGAUUUAUUACGACGCAUGCACACUUCGAUACGCUGACCGUAAUAUUCUCUUGGAUCCUGUAACCAAUGUUCCUCAGUUGAUGGAAAACCAAAACACUGUGCCGGAUGACCAAUCAGGUCGGUUCAAUAAGGUACUCCUCUCUUUGAUGAAUGAAAUUGUAAAGGAGGCUGUAGUUAGUCCAAGAAUGUUUGCGUACAAGGAGGGUAAGUACACAUCGUCCAAAACAGUUUAUGUACUGGGUCAGUGCACGCCUGAUCUCCCAAAACAAAACUGCUCAAGCUGUCUCCAACAAGCCAUCAAGAAAAUAUUGCCUCGUAACAAAAUCGGAGCAAGGAUUCUUUGGCCGAUUUGUAACAUGAGGUACGAGCCUAACCGUUUCUACAAUGAUACCUCCAGUCCUCUUCCUCCUUCGAAGCCUGGAAAAGGUAAAAAAGCCAUAGUGAUAGUCAUAGCCGUUGUUGUGCUGCUAGCUCUCUCCGCAAUGCUUUCCAUAGCUUGUUAUUGUUUCCGUGCAAAGAGAGUGAAGAGAACUUAUGAGACAGCAGCUGCACAUGAUGAUGGGGAGGAUAUUACAACAGCAGGCUCAUUGCAGUUUGAUUUUAAAGUUAUUGAAGCUGCAACUGAUAAGUUUUCUGAAAGUAACAAACUCGGUCAAGGUGGAUUUGGAGAAGUGUACAAAGGCAUAUUUCCUAAUGGAUUACAAGUUGCGGUGAAGAGACUAUCUAAAACAUCAGGACAAGGUGAAAAAGAGUUCAAGAAUGAGGUUAUUGUUGUGGCAAAGCUUCAACACAAAAAUCUUGUCCGGCUUCUCGGAUUUUGUUUGGAAAGAGAUGAGAAGAUACUUGUCUACGAGUUUGUGCCUAACAAAAGCCUUGAUUACUUUCUCUUUGACUCUACAAUGAAAAGCCAGCUUGAUUGGACAAGGCGGUACAAGAUCAUUGGAGGAAUUGCUAGAGGGAUUCUUUAUCUUCAUCAAGAUUCACGACUCACAAUCAUACAUCGUGACCUCAAAGCGGGUAACGUCCUCUUGGAUGAUGAUAUGAACCCAAAAGUUGCAGAUUUUGGAAUGGCACGGAUUUUCAAAAUGGACCAAACGGAAGCCAAUACGAGAAGAGUAGUAGGAACCUAUGGCUAUAUGUCUCCUGAAUAUGCUAUGUAUGGCAAAUUCUCCAUGAAAUCAGAUGUAUACAGCUUUGGGAUCUUAGUUCUUGAAAUUAUAAGCGGCAAGAAAAACAUUGGUACCUAUCAAAUGGAUAGUAGCGAGGGCAACUUGGUUACAUAUAUUUGGAGAGAAUGGAAUAAUGAGUCACCAAUGGAGAUCGUGGAUCCAUCCUUUCGAGAUAGCUAUCAAAUAAACGAAAUUACCAGAUGCAUCCAUAUUGCUUUACUAUGUGUUCAAGAAGAAGCUGAAGAUCGUCCAACCAUGUCAACGGUCGUCCAGAUGCUCAUUACUAGCUCAAUCGCUCUCGCUCCUCCUCGGCCACCUGGAUGUUUCUUUCAGACCAAGCAUGAAAAAUCUGGUCCAUCGAUGGGUUCGUCUGCUCUGUGUUCCAUUGAUGAUGCUUCGAUUACUCAUGUAACUCCUCGCUAAAGACGAAACGUUUCACAGAGAUUAUUAUUAAGCCACGAGAAUGAAACAAGAUUCUUCUUAGUUAA